AAGCUGCAUUGUGCGGUGACCCCAUUCAUCGGAGAUUAUUGUUAGUUCUUCCUGAAUCUGAGAGAGAAGGAAAGAAAGAAAGAAAGAAAGAUGUCACAGUCACGGCCAAAAGAAACGGUGUACGUGGAGCAGUGUAUGGGCGUUAAUGGCCUCGAGAAGAUCGUUCUCAGAGAAGUUCGUGGCUUCUCCGCGGAGGUAUAUUUGUACGGAGGUCAGGUUACAUCUUGGAAGAAUGAACUUGGGGAAGAAUUGCUCUUUGUCAGUAGUAAGGCUACUUUUACGCCUCCAAAAUCUAUCCGUGGAGGUAUUCCGUUAUGCUUUCCUCAAGUUUCAAAUCAUGGCCCUCUUGAACUACAUGGAUUUGCAAGGAACAGGUUUUGGACCUUAGAUCCUAAUCCCCCUCCAUUUCCAACAAACAGCACAACCAGAGCUUUUAUUGAUUUGAUUCUUAAGAACUCUGAAGAGGAUAUAAGGACUUGGCCUCACAGAUAUGAGUUUCGCCUGAGGGUAGCUUUGGCACCUACGGGAGAUUUGAUGAUGACAUCCCGCAUUCGAAACACAAAUACGGAUGGAAAAUCCUUUACUUUCACAUUUGCCUAUCAGACAUACCUCUAUGUUACUGACAUCAGUGAAGUACGAAUAGAAGGAUUAGAAACACUGGAUUACCUGGACAACUUGAAGGAAAAAGUGCGAUUUACUGAACAAGGGGAUGCCAUAACAUUUGAAUCCGAGGUACACAAAGUAUACCUAAGUACCCCCACAAAAAUUGCCAUCAUUGACCAUGAAAGGAAAAGAACUUUUGUAUUGCGGAAAGAUGGGCUUCCUGAUGCUGUGGUAUGGAAUCCAUGGGACAAAAAAGCAAAGACCAUAGCAGAUUUAGGGGAUGAUGAAUAUAAAAAUAUGCUGUGUGUCCAGUCUGCUUGUGUAGAAAAAGCAAUUACUCUCAAACCUGGUGAAGAGUGGAAAGGAAGGCAGGAAUUAUGUGCGGUGCCUUCCAGUUAUUGCAGUGGCCAACUUGAUCCAAAGAGAGUACUUUUGAGCUAUUAGAUCAAUGGGAUUGCCUUCGUCUUUGUACAGGUGUAUGAUGCAGUUAGGUGUAUUUCCUGAAGGAACUUUUGUUGUGUUAGCGGUGCUGCCAGAAAAUUGUUGCUUGGAUUCACUACUACCGAAAUUGUGUAUAUGGUUUUAGCCUUGAGUGUCUUCUGCAGCUUGAGCCGGAGAUGAACUAAGUUGGUGGAAAGAAUUUAGUAUACUUGUAGAUCUACGCAGCAUUUUCCAUUGGAAGAUUAGAACAACGCACUUGAUGCAUGUCUUCUUUUCUAAACAUCCCUCUCCUUAAUAGAUAAUAAUAGAUUUAUUGCACUAUUUCUUCUCUGUCUUGGUUUCAUCUGCCUCGAAUGCAACUAGUUUACUAUUUAAUCGUGCUUGCUUUCUCUGCCCUACAAUUAAUUCCUCAUAAGGUUCCAUGAUAAGUGUUUUGUAUUUU